AUGUUUUUCAGGCGAAUUGUAUUUGAUGAAAAAUGGCGACCACCGCGAAAGGUUAUUUUGGAAAUAAAUGUGCAACGAGCUUGCGAACUUCUACACAGGACAAUACCAAAUGGUAAUUCAGGUGAAAUCAAGUUUUCUCUUUAUUUGCUUGCACAACUUGCCUAUGGCAUUGCGCUAAUUGUGCAAAAACGAGGUGACAUUCUAUGCAGAGACAUGGAGGCAUUUAUUCCGCUUCUACGCCGUUAUCAGGAUGAAAAGGAGAACGAAUCUGUCAUGAAAGGUAAGAAGGAUCGGAAAAAGCGCGCAGCGAAACGAAGCGAUUUAUUUAUUCUAGAUUCUUCGUUUGAAACUAUUGAAAAUGAACAUCUGAAGAUUGUGUUGGAUUAUAGUGCAAUUACGUUGCGAGAAGAUAUACCAAUUCCCGAAAUUGACACCCUGUUUAACGAUGAUUUUGGACCACUAACGGCAGCCGAAGCUCAGCAAAUGGAAGCUCUUCUUAAAGAAGAUAACGAACAUGUAAUUGAGAGCAAAUCAGGAAGCACAAAUGAAUCCAAGGAAUGCAUUGUGAAUAUAGUUCCUCAAGCACUGACAAAUAAUAUGGAUGUUGACAAAGGGGAACAUAAACAGGUGUUUGAAAUGAUGGAAGUGAGUGAUGAAAGCGAGAUGCUUAAGGAGAGACAAUAUGAUUUGGGAUCAGAUGAAGCUCUAAAAGAAUCAGAAAUCAAGCAUCCGACAUACUUAUCAGUAAAUUUCUGUUAUGAUUAUGCUUCAUUUUUUGUUUGA